AUGAAGGCGAUCCGCAGCGUGUUUCUGAUGAAGAUUAGGAUCGGGACUCAUAACGGCACGUUUCACUGCGAUGAAGGUCUGGCGUGUUUCCUGCUGCGGCAGCUUCCGGAGUACAAGGAGGGCUUCCAGAAAGUGCUGGCUCUUGUAGGAGCUGAGUUCAAGGAAUGCUUGCAUUACUACAUGAGAUCAUUGAGAUCGUGCAGCAAGCGCUUCAGAGCAGAUAUCAGCGGGGAGCUGCUGCUGCUGUCCCUGGGCUGCUGUCCCUGGAAAGAGCAUCUGUUUGUGCUGGAGAAGCAGCUGAAGCUGGAUGUGCUCAUCAAGUUUGUGCUGUACCCGGAUCAGAGCGGACACUGGAGAGUGCAAUGUGUCCCGGCUGGACUCAAUACCUUCCAGAACAGAUUGAGUCUUCUGGAGGAAUGGCGAGGGCUGCAAAACGAGGCGCUGUCGGAGCGGAGUGGGAUUCCCGGCUGCAUCUUCGUCCACGCCAGCGGUUUCAUCGGGGAUAACUGGACGCUGGAGAUGGCCAAGAGAAUGCUGCAGACUGCACCCAGAGCUGUACUCAGCACCCGACACACCCUGAAAACCCCAUCUGCUUCGUUCCAUUGGAUUGUGAGAUGUUCCCAGAGUUCUGACCAGACGCUGGAGAUGGAGAGUGCCGAGGGUCAGGGAAUGGCAGGUCAGUCACAGAUGAGUACCUCUAGUGUCUACCAGUGCAUAUCCUAA